AGAAAAAAAAGAGGAAAAGACAGAAAGUGCACUUCAUGAUAACAAGCCAAAUUUGCUUUGUGUUUUGGUCUUAUAUGUCCCAUGCCAGCUUUCAAAGCAACCCUUUAAUUUCUCAUCCACAAUAUUCUUCUCUCUUUCCCCUUCACUCAUACACACUCUCAAACAAAUCCUGAAAUUUCCAUACAAAGUAGGAAACUUACCAUGCUUACCAAAUUCUUGAUUUGGAUGUGUAUAUAACUUUGAAGGAAAUCCACCUUGGGAUCUAUAUUCACCUUAAUUAAUUUCUUAGCUUUCUCUUCCUUUUCUUAAUGUUUUUUUUUUAUGAUUAAGAGUCGAACUCGAUAUCUUGAGAUUUAGACACUCAUACAGACUACUACGCACCAACCACUUGCGCUAGAUUCGGAUUAGUUCAAACAUUCUUUAGUGGAAAAGAAGUUGAUCUAUCACAAAAGUGUGUUUAUCUCUGACAUAUAGUUUAAAAGAGAACAUAGUUUGCUUUCUAAUAACCUAAAAGAGAUGAUGAAAGGUUUGUCCAUAGAUGAAAAUAUGUCAAAUUUGACAUCUGCUUCAAGUGAAAAAAGUGCUUCUUCAGCAACCAAGAAUGAAAAGGCAAGUCUAGAACCACAAACCAAAAGGAAGAGAAAUCUACCAGGCCACCCAGACCCUGAGGCAGAAGUAAUAGCCUUGAGUCCCCAAACUCUGUUGGCAACAAACAGGUUCAUUUGUGAGAUUUGUAACAAAGGUUUUCAAAGAGACCAGAAUCUUCAGCUUCAUAAAAGAGGACAUAACUUACCAUGGAAGCUAAAGAAAAGAAACAGCAAUGAAGUCAUAAGAAAGAAAGUCUAUGUCUGUCCAGAACCAGCAUGUGUUCACCAUGACCCUUCAAGGGCAUUAGGAGACCUCACUGGAAUCAAGAAGCACUUUUUCAGAAAGCACGGUGAGAAGAAAUGGAAGUGUGAAAAGUGUUCCAAACGUUAUGCAGUUCAAUCUGAUUGGAAAGCUCAUUCCAAAAUUUGUGGCACUAAAGAGUAUAAGUGUGAAUGUGGAACUCUUUUUUCAAGAAGGGACAGUUUUAUCACUCAUAGAGCCUUCUGUGAUGUUCUAUCACAUGAGAGUGCUAUAUCAAUGUCAGCAGUGAACCCUCUAUUCUCUCAUCACUCACAAUUUCAUAGCCAUGGUUUUCAACCACCAACCCUAAAAAAAGAACAAGACUUCAACAAUUUAAGACCUUCAGAAAUACCAUCAUGGUUAUUUCCAUCUCACAUGAACCAUUAUGAUCAAAACCCUAACCCUACAAGUCUUUUUCCUUCAAAUUUCAACUCCAACAAUAUAAUCACUAGUUCUUCUCCACACAUGUCAGCCACUAGUUUACUGCAAAAAGCAUCACAAAUAGGUGUAACAGUAAGCAAAACUGAUCAAGAACAUUGUAGGUCCUCUCAGUUAAUGCAAACUCACGUGCCUUUUGAAUAUAAAACACUGUAUAUGAAUUCAUCUUCACCUGUUUCUGGAAUAGUUAUGCCUUCACGUGAAGAAAUAGCGACUGGUUUUUCUCAUUGUUUGGCUCCAUAUGGGAAUAAAGCUGCAAUAGCCUCUGAAUGCUUUGAAGGAGGUGUCACUGUUACUGCUACAAAUACUGCUACAAAUACAACAAAUACAGAAGAAUCUUCUCUUUUGCAUGAUGUGAUAUUUGGUAAUGAAAGUUCACAAUUUGAAGGUGUUGUUACUACCAUGAGAGGAAUGUUUGAUACACAAAGAGGUAGUAAUAAUAAUAACUUUGAGGAAUUUGUUUCCAAAUCAACACAAACACAAUAUUCCCAAUUUGGUAAAAGCAACAAUGAUGAUGAAAUGACAAGGGACUUUUUGAGUCUUGGUGCAUUUUCACAAAGAGAUUUGUUCAAUAUAUCUGGAAUUAAUGAUGAUCCUUUGGGUUCUUUAUCUUAUGGUAAGCAAAAUCAUAAUCAAAAUCCUUGGAGAGGCUAAUUAGGGUUUGUAUAUUAAUUGUAUAAUUUCAAAAUUUGGAGAUUGAUUAAUUUUCUGUUUGUAGAUGGAUUCAAAAUUAUCUAUCUAUGUAGACAUUUCACUAGUA